AUGAAGUACAGAAUGCCACCUUUCAGACGCAAGAAGUCUCUCAAAUCUUUUCCGGUCAAAGUUUGUACUUUAGAUGCAGAACUUGAAUUUGAUUUGGAGUGGCAUGCAACGGGAAGAGAUUUGUUUGAUUUAGUAUGCCGAACAAUUGGCUUGAGAGAAACUUGGUACUUUGGCCUCCAGUACGAAGAUUCCAAGGGAUUUAUCAGCUGGCUCAAACUGGACAAAAAGGUGCAAGACCAAGGCAUUAAUCCCAGCAAUCAACCUGCCACACCCUUUAUGUUCCUUGGAAAACUCUACCCUGAGGAUGUUGCUGAAGAACUUGUUCAAGAAGUCACCCAGCACCUCUUUUUUCUUCAAGUCAAGCAGGCCAUUUUGUCUAUGGACAUAUAUUGCCCUCCAGAGGCUUCUGUUCUUUUGGCAUCGUAUGCUGUUCAAGCUAAGUACGGUGAUCAUGAUGAACUCACCUACAAACCAGGAACUUUGUCAAAAGACAAUUUACUUCCCCAAAGAGUUAUUGAUCAAUAUCAGAUGACACAAGACAUGUGGGAAGAGAGAAUUAAAGUUUGGUAUGCUGACCACAGAGGGAUGUCCCGAGAUGAAGCAGAAAUGGAGUAUCUAAAAAUUGCUCAGGAUUUGGAUAUGUAUGGAGUAAAUUACUUCCCUAUUACAAAUAAAAAAGACACCGAACUUUGGUUGGGGGUGACUGCUUUGGGACUGAAUAUAUAUGAAAAAGAAAAUAAAUUAACUCCUAAAACAACUUUUACAUGGUCUGAAAUAAGACACAUUUCUUUUGAUGAUAAAAAAUUUGUGAUAAAACCUGUUGAAAAGUCAUCCCCUAACUUCAUAUUCCUGUCGCAGAAAGCUCGUAUGAACAAAUUGAUACUAGACCUUUGCAUUGGAAACCAUGAUUUAUUUAUGAGAAGAAGAAAGCCAGAUACGAUGGAAGUUCAGCAAAUGAAAGCUCAAGCAAAGGAAGAGAAAUCAAGAAGACAAGUUGAACGUAAUAAACUAGCCCGUGAGAAACAAUUACGUGAAGCAGCUGAAAGAGAAAAGGCUGUAAUGGAACAGAAAUUAUUGCAGUACCAAGAAGAGAUGCGACUAGCCAACGAGGCUCUUAGGCGUUCAGAACAAACUGCAGAUCUCCUGGCAGAAAAGUCUCGCGUGGCUGAAGAGGAGGCAAUGUUACUCAGCCAGAAAGCAGCUAAAGCAGAACAGGAAAUUAACCGCAUAAGAGUAACAGCCAUGAAAACAGAGGAGGAAAAGGUUCAUUUAGAAAGGAAGACUCAAGAAGCUGAACGUUUGACUGCAAGACUUGUAGAUGAAUCAGAAAGGCGUGCUGCAGAGGCAGACCGUUUAAAAGAUGAGUUACUUAAAGCACGCAUAGCGGAAAAACAGGCCAAAGAGAAACUGUUACAAUUCUUAUCCCGCACAGCAAGUCCGUCCCCUUCUGCCCUCCAACAAGUACCUCAUCCCACUCAUUCUCCUACUCCACUGCAGCAAUACGAUGCUGGCAGUGGCAUUGGUGGAGGGAUGUCGCAGUCACAGUCCCUGUCACAACUCUCUCAGCUAUCCCAGCUGUCUCAACUCUCUCAGCCCAUGAGUGGACUGGGCCUGGCUCCUGGGCUCUCUCCAGGGAUCUCUCCUGGUUUGUCCCCGGGACUCUCCCCUGCAUUGUCACCUGGACUCUCCCCGGGGCUCUGCUCAGGCCUCUCACCAGGGUUGUCACAAGGACUAUCGCAAGGAUUAACGCCCCAGCUGGCUGCGGACCUUCAGGCCUUGCAGCUUGGAGAGCCUUGUGUGGGAGACAUGUGUGGCGGUGUGCCUGGGGACAUGCCCGGAUCUGAGAUGCCCUCUGAGCUUCCAGCCUACGACCUGGCAGCUGAUCAAGACAUGGAACAGCUCUCACUCGAGAUUGAAAAGGAGAGAGUGGACUAUUUGGAGAAAAGCAAACAUUUGCAGAACCAACUACGGGAACUUCGAUGCGAGAUCGAAGUUCUCAAGGUCGGAGAGAAACAGAGUCAGAUGGAUGCUCUCCACCAGGAGCAACUGCGGCUUGGAGAGAACAAGUAUUCCACUCUACGCAAGGUGAAAUCAGGAUCAACCAAAGCACGAGUGGCUUUCUUCGAGGAGCUGUAAGAGUACCUCAAUAUGUUAACAACUGAAACAUCCUGUCAUUGUGCACCAUACCUAUUCAUCCUUGAUACAAAGUUUGUGUUCCUUCCUCCUGGUUCUCAUCCAAAGUGAUAUGGAUGGUUCAUUACUCAAAUCAUUGUUUGUAUUCAUUUUUAUCAACAUCAUUUCAUUUGUACUUCCAUUUUAACAAGGAAACCUUUUUUUUCUCUUUUUAAAUUGGUGACUGCUGGUCCAGUUACCUGGUUUAUGUAAGGCAUCCCUUUGAAUCUAAGCACAAGUGCCUUUUGUUCUAUUUUUAAUGUAGGUAUAUGAGGUGAGUAAGAAGACUGAUUACUUGCUUUUAGAGGCUCUGUUAUUGGAUUUUUAACUACAAGUUAGUGUAAUUUUCUUGCAUUGUGCUGUGUCAUUUUACUCUCUGCUGUCAUCCAAUAAUGUGUCACUGUUUGAUUGGUCAUUUUAUCAUUGUAGACAUCAUCCUCAGCAUAAAUUAACUCUAUAUUUGCAACAUUUAUUAUUUUAUCAAAUCUUUGUAUUUAUGUAAUGAUGUACAUAAGAACAUGUUGUUAAUUCUUCAUCUUUAGUGUCAUUUUUAUAGUCAAGAAAUUGUUUGUGCCAAAUUAUUUUUUAUUGUAAUUUUUCUGAUGAUAAACCUCGGAGCAAUAGAUGCUCCAAAGCCCGGGGUGGAAGCUUAACAUUUAAUUAAGUCUGCUGCUAUGUCACUUUUUGAGUGCUUUGUCCAUAUCUGUAAUUUAUUAUUUAAUUAGUAUGAAGUUGUCAGUUCCAAUUUCACCUCCAAUGCUUUUUACUAUGUAUCUGUUCAUGACAAAAAGACCUCAAUCGCCCUCUGAUUGCGACGGAAGCCUCAUGAAUUUUUGUAGACUGGACAGUUGCGGCCGGUGCUCGGUGGAUUUCAGAUGUGGCGGGUAAAACUAGCAAAUGAAGGAAGUCAAUUAGAAAAAAAGGGGGGGGGCGGAGUACUUCUGGAAUGGUCUAGGCCAUCAGACCGCCUAGGCUGGCAACAUGAAAGGUGCAUAGGCACCGGCAUCGGGCAAUGUCGUGGCCUCAGACAUGGUAAAGUAAAGGGGCCUUUGGUAGCACAGUGUAUUGUCAGAGGGAAGUCAGAAAACAUGUACCUUUUAUUUGACUUUCAACAUUUGACGGUUUUACCCAGCAAGUAAUUAUCUGUCGCCUCGCGCCGGCGAUAGAUUCGCCGGCAACGGUGUUUCGCCAUAACAAAUCGAUAUUAUCAUUCUUAUUUAUUAGUUAAGCAUCACUUCACAAGUCAUUUCAUGCGAGAGCUAAUACAGUUUCAUUUCCUUUUUCUUCUUAGUUGUUUGAUAAUUUGUGCAAAUGACUAUGAUCGCUCAAUUUCACCAUAGUAUGCUUGGGCUUGUGGCUGAGCUAAAUUUGGCUAAGUUUUAGCGUUCCUACUAUUUCUCAGUGUAGCUAUGAUUGUAAGUUGUAUUUUUUUAAGUUUUACUGUUUUAAAAAAAUAAUUUUUUGUGGACCUAUGUAGUAAAACUGAAUCUCAAAAUUCUUUAUCAUGUUCAGUUUUAUGACUUUAAUCAUGCUUUAAUUUUGUGAUAUGAAAUUUGAAUGCAGGAUUUUUUAAAACAGUAACAAUGUACAACAAUCAAAUGACAAUAUUUUCAUAAUACAGUAGAUAAAAUUGGAAACAAGAAACAUUUCUAUCUUGAUUUUAUUGGUUACAAGUAUUAUUGUGUGAACAAUGAAGACAUAGACCGCUUAGUUUGAGCCACUUUCCUAUUUCUCAGUCCUCAGUCAAUAACGCAAAUGUGCCUUUUUGACUUUGUUGUCAGUCUUUAAACGGAGCGGUUGUAAUUAAAAAUUUUAGAGUUUAGAAGAAAAAUAUCUUUAACAAGUCAUUGGUUGUAUUGGAUAAAGUCUUACCUCUCUAAGCUUUUGGUUGACUUGUUCUUUAGUUAGGUGAGGUCAGGGAGAGCAACUCUGGUUGUUUGGAAACAAUAGUUGCUACGUCAUUGAACUUUUAAUCUUUUUUUAUUUUUGCUGGAAAACACUAUGUGCUUGCACCAAAAUCAGAAUGCUUCCCCUGUACUGUUCACCAAACUUAACAAUUCCACCAUGGCUAUUUUACAGAGGCGCUCACAAGAAAAGAAAAACUGUUACCAAAGCUGCAAACUCAGAAGUAAUUAGUACUCUAUUCAAAUGCCAACAAUUCUUCAAUUUCAUGGCAGAGUCAGUUGCGGAGGGCAAAGUUAAGAACUUGAUAGCACUUCACUAAUUAAUCUUGUUGUGUAGCAUUCGUCCCUUUAUGGUGCAGUAAACCAGAAACAUGAAGAUGUCAGUAUUUCUUGAAGUUCGCAAUUUGUCAACUAAGCAAUAACUGAUACUAAAACUUGAAUUCCACAAUGGCACCAUCAUGUAAGUUUCAAGUCUGUCAUCCACUUUUGAGGAGUGGUGCUUUUUCAAUUAAAAUGUGAUUGUUUUUA